UCAUCACCACGCUCCCUGUCGACGACGAAGCAGAGCAUCCGCCAAAAUGACUAAGGGUACCUCCAGCUUCGGCAAGCGCCACAACAAGACCCACGGUCUCUGCAGACGCUGCGGCCGCCGGUCCCUCCACAACCAGAAGAAGGUUUGCGCUUCGUGCGGCUACCCGGCCGCGAAGACACGCAAGUACAACUGGUCCGAGAAGGCGAAGCGCAGAAAGACCACCGGCACCGGCCGGAUGCGGUACCUCAGCACAGUCUCCAGGCGGUUCAGGAACGGCUUCCGGACUGGCGUACCCAAGGACGCCCACGGACCUAAGGUUUCUUCUUCAUAAAGGGUUGUCUUGGCAGACGGGGGCGUGGACGAUGGGACGGGUCGUUUUCGGCGAGCGGUGUAAUAGGGGCUGGACACUUUUCGGACGGACCUUCUCGCUUUUUGCUGCUACAUCACAAAUGGGAUGAUUUCACGCGGGACUAGGUUCAACGGUCUAAGCAUGCAGCAACGGUCAUGAAAAACGGCGUAACGUUUGCGAACCAGGCACAUUUCUCGCUUCAUGCUGCGGAGUCUGUAUGAGGGGCCGAGGCGGAAGUCUUCUUCGACAUGCGUCGAAGACUUUAGAUCAGCCGGUCAAAAGGCCCAAGCUCCAGCGUGACGCGGAGCCCAAGAAUGUGACUUGGAAUUACUGGGGUAUCAAUCGUCUAUUACUGGCCUCGUUCGAAUACUCGAACACCACCGUCGCCCGCGACAUGGUACAGAUACUCGUGGUCUUUUGUGUCGAGAUUC